AUGAACGGCGCACACGCAGGCGCUGUGGUGCCACGCCGGUACAAUUUCUUCUCCGCGAAUCGCUCCGAGCCCGCUGACGUGCGUGGGCCCUUCUCCGAAUACCCGCAACAGCAGCAUUCAAAGCCACCAGCGCCUGAUCAGCAGCAGCAGCAGCAGCAGCCGCUGGCCUCUGUUGCACUGCGUGAGGCGAUUGACGUGCAGGCGGAGACCCUCUCUGCGAUUGCACGGGUGGAGCAUGCAAUAAACACCGCGGAGCAGCUCGGCGAGGAGAGCCGUAAACANGGCGGAGACCCUCUCUGCGAUUGCACGGGUGGAGCAUGCAAUAAACACCGCGGAGCAGCUCGGCGAGGAGAGCCGUAA